UAACUUGCACUGCCCCGCCCCAAACGUUCCUUUGAGAACGAGCGUCCUGGAGGGAGUUCAGGACUUUGGGCAUUGGGAAUGGCCUGCAACGACGGCGAACCCGUCCCGAACACAAAAGUAGCUGUCUCCCGUCAGCCAAAAGUCCCAGCUGUCCAAUCUGCUCAAGCUCUGUCACGUGAUAUGUGGCUGAUCGUUACGCUUACCUAACUCGGCUGUGACGUAGAAAGGACGUUGUAGCCCCUUCGUUGUGGUCUUGGCUUUUUUAUUCCCACCUCUGUGCUCUUGGCCAUCUGCUAAUUUCAAUGGACAGCAAUUCCUCGAUAAGAAUGUCGGCUCCUUCGCAAGCUGCCACCACACAUAGAUACCUUGUCGUUCGGAGAGCAUCCUCCGUUACCUCUGCAAGGAGAAUGAGGAGGAAGAGUACCCGGAGGAAGUUUCGUCGUCCGACUCAAACGAAGCAAAACAAAGACCAGCAAGAGGACGACAAACCCACACCCGACAAGACACCGCGCAAGAACGUCUACCACCACCCGGCUCUUACCCGAACCAACUCUACUUCCUCUAUAUGGUCGGACAUUUCAUUCGACGAGGAAGACAUUGAAGAAGAAACGUUUGAUGAAAUCGGUCUGGUCGACAGCUAUGCAAAUAGAACACUUGAUAGAUCUUCCUUUCUGGUCCCUGAUCAGGACCUCCAUACUCGCCGCUCCAUUAUGAUGCUAGAAGGGCUAUUGAACGACGUGCAAGCAUUCAAAGAUGAUGCUCGGUUUGCCCCCACAAUCAAAAGACCGCCAAUUACAAGACUUCAGGGGUCUUUAGACAAUAGUUCUAUGACAGUUGAAACUGGUUCAGCGUGGAGUAAAUGGGAGGAAGAGAAGCUGCUACAAUAUCUGGCGCCCAAUAAUGCGUCAGUGACACCCGAACUCGAGAUACCCAGGCUGGAAAUCCCACCCGAAACGACAUUGAAACCAGAUGCCACCGAUCCUCAGCUGGAUUCCGCGUACAGCUCGCUUGAACGCCGGAAAAGAUUGACAUCCGAACUGUACAAUGAAGGUGUUGUCGAAGUACCGGUGGCGGCUCCCAUACUGACACCUGCUCCGGCUCCAUCUUUGGACGUUCCAUCAUCUUCCGAAAUUGCUCCAAAGCCGCAAAUCACUUCAAAAGCUACUCGCAAACCCGCUGGUCCAAGACCCAUGGGCAACACCAAAGUCAAGGUCCUGACGCAUUCGCCUACAUUGAGCAGUGAUGACAGCUCGACAAAUGCGAAACCGCAAAAGAAGGGACUAAGACGGUUUUUUAGAAAAGUAAAGCGCGCAAUGCAUUGCUGAGUAGGCUCUCGAUUAUGUAGUUGGUAUCCUUAGUUAAUCCAUGUAUGUAGUAAUGUGCAAUUGGCGGUUUGUAAUAUGUUGUAGUAGUACCCAUGAAGAUUAUAAUGAAAUUACCUGUCCCCGUCCAAUA